UGUCAAUCGAUGAAUCAUUUAUCGUUUUAUUAAUUUUCCUUAUAUGAUUGAAUUUAUUCACAGAAGAAAUUAUAAUUUAUUGUAAAUAAUACAAUUUAUAAUCAUAUUUGCAUGUUUCCUUAGUGAACAGGAUUAGCUAUGGCAGAAAAUCAGAAUACGCCGACUAAUAAGAACGAAAACACAAACGAGGGUCAGGCAAUGGAACACGAAGGUUCCCCACCACCGCCAGUCACUCCUCCUCCGCCGGCAGACGUUGAUACUCAGGAAAUAAUUAUUGUAAAUGAAAAUACCAAAGAGCUCGACUUGAACCAUGGAAGGAUUGGCAAGAUUGAGAAUCUGGAACCCUUGAAAAACCUAGAGAGAUUAUAUUUAAGAUGGAAUCUUAUUAAAAAGAUUGAGGGUCUAGAUACAUUACACACUUUAGUUGAACUAGAGUUGUAUGACAAUCAAAUUGUUGUCAUUGAGAAUUUGGAUAACCUUGUUAACCUCGAAAUACUGGACCUGUCUUUUAAUAGAAUCAAAGAAAUCACGGGCUUGGGAAAUUUAUUGAAAUUGAAGAAAUUAUUUUUGAGCUCUAAUAAAAUAAAUGAAAUUAAAAAUGUUAAUCAUCUACCUCAGCUAGAAUUAUUAGAACUGGGUGACAAUAGAAUUCGGGAAAUAAAAAAUCUCAGCGGUUUAAAAACACUAAAACAACUUUACUUGGGAAAGAAUAAAAUUACAAAAAUACAGAAUCUAGAAGACUUGAGAGAUCUAGAGAUAUUAGUGCUGCAAAGUAAUAGGAUUACAAAGAUUGAGAAUCUACAAGAGUUGACAGAGUUAGAACAACUAUAUAUCUCAGAGAAUGGUAUAUCAGUGAUUGAGAAUUUAGAUAACCAGAUAAAGCUGCAAACGUUAGAUUUAGCUAUGAACAGGAUUACGGUUAUUGAAAACUUAAGACAUAUGAGUGAUUUAGAAGAGUUGUGGUUAAAUGACAACCAAAUAUCGGAAUGGUCAUCGGUAGAAUAUUUAAAAGAUAACAAGAAGAUAGCAACAAUAUACCUGGAGAGGAACCCACUAGCAUCAGACCCAGCGUACAGGAGAAAACUGAAGCUCUGCCUUCCUUCGCUGCAGCAGAUUGAUGCCACAUUGUGUAGAGGCGAUGGUUUCUCAUUAGUAGCGUAGUGCUAGUUGGUUAGAUGAGGGUAGUUUCAAAUUAGGCGAUGAUUGUAUUAAGGCAGUCAAGGAAUCUCACGAACGCCUCCUUCAGAGCACAACGUUCAACCGCAAGACCCUGCGCAAGGACCAACUGCUCCCUAGCCUUAGUAAAGUCGACUUCGACAUGUAAAU